CGGCUCCGGGUCCACGUGCUCGCCGUGGAGUACAACGGCUACGGCGGCGCCGACGGGUCGGCGACGGUGCGCGACGUCGAGGCCGACGCGGCCGCGGGCUACGACGAGGCCCUGCGCCUCGGCUUCGCGCCCGACCGCGUCGUGCUCUACGGCCAGUCCGUGGGCUCCGGGCCGGCCUGCUGGCUCGCGUCGCGCAAGCCCGUCGCCGGCGUCGUGCUCCACAGCCCCAUCGCGUCGGGCAUCCGCGCGCUCGCGGGCGGCGGCGCGUGCAGCCCCGUCCACGUCUACGCGUGCCUCGACCCCUUCAACAACCUGCGCGAGGUCGCGAAGAUCGACGCGCCCGUCUUCGUCAUCCACGGCACGGCCGACGAGGAGAUCCCCUGCGCCCACGGCCGCAUGCUCGCGGACAGGGCGAAGAUCUCCCACGCGCCCUACUGGGUCGAGGGCGCGGGCCACAACAACCUCCUCGAAAUCGCCCACGAGGACUACUUCCUCCGCCUCGCCGACUUCCUCGCGACGAUCCCCCAGGACGACCCGCCGGGGCCGCCGCGACCCGAGACGAUGAGCGCGUAA